AAGAUACAAAUCAUUAUCAAAAGGGUCUUUACCCUAAAUUGCAAAUUUGUACGAUAUUUGCCAUUAUAAAUAACAUUGAUGUGCGCCCUGAAGCCAUCAGUUCAAUUGUUCCUCUAGCCGGCUAUCACGCUCGGAAAGUGUCGUAUCCAACCCAAUUUAUUGCGCUUAUCAUGUCUGUGGAAACCAUCAUCGAGAAGAUUAAGGCUCGCUUGGCAGCCCCCCAUCCGAACGAAUCUCGCAAGGUUGAUGGCGUGUUCCAGCUGAACAUCAAGACUGAAUCCGGUGUCGAACAAUUUGUUCUCGAUCUGAAGCAAUUGACGAUCGAUGCGGGUGUUUCGGCUAGUCCGAAUGCUUCCCUCACUAUCGCAUUGGAGGAUAUUCUGGCCAUCAGCGGUAAGACAUUGACCGUUGGCGAUGCUCUGAAGAACGGUAAGUUCGAGAUCAGCGGAGAUACCGAAUUGGCUACCAAGUUGGGCGAAGGGCUGAUUGGAGGUUAAAUACACGAUGAGGAUAAGUUAAACGUGAUUCGGAAUUGUUCUUUUUUUGGUUGUGCCGAAGGGUCUCAGAUUUUUAUAACAUUUUUUUUUCUAACAGUGUUUAUAGAUGUAUGAGAAAUAAAAAUGAAAUAAAAGAUGGGUUUCCUCAAAAA